UUUUAUUCUCCCCUGCGCCGCCGCCGCCGCCGCCGCCUCAAUCGGGCGAAGCCGCCCUCGCCGCCGUCGCGGCGGCGGCGGCGAGGGCGAGCUCCUGCGAGAGAUCCUCCGCCGCCUCAUGCCUCGCGCGCGCGCUCCCGCUCCCGCUCUCGCCUGCAGUAUUUGUUCCAUUGCCGCGCACCACUUUCCGGUGGGCGGCGGGCAAUGCUAGGGGUUAAGAGACCUUCUCUCCCCGAGAUGGAGGCGCCGGGCGGCGCGGCGGGGGACGCGGAGGAGGAAGUUGAUGCCCGGAUCCGCUGGGUUCCAUGGUGGCUGCUAUGGAAUGGUGGAAUUGCUUGGAUGGCCACGAAGGGGAUCGACGCCAAUUGUUUGGCGACCUCUACGAUAGAAUCGCGUCGAGUCGGGGUGUUCUUUCCUGUUAUUACUAGAAGUAGUUGAAUUUCGUGAUUGAACACACAAGGAAGCUUGAUAUCGCGUCGGGGGUGUUCUUUCCUGUUAUUACUAGAUGUAGUUGGGUUUCGUGAUUGAACACCUAAGGAAAGGAAGCUUGAUAAAUGGAAGAUAGUCCAGCAAGUUUUGAAGAUGAUAGAAAAUUUGAGCGCGUCGUAGUAACUGUCGUCCACGAUCACGUCCAGUGUUGUUCAUGGCAUGGGGGAUGGAGUCAGGAUCCUUGAGGCGUCUGCUCCUGUUGCACUGCUUCAUGCCUUUCCUGCCUUCUAGGAUGCUUAAGAUGGUUGCGAAGUCAGGUGCUUGGGAGUUCAUGAAGCGGUCAUAAUCAAUUUCGCUCUCUGUAGUACUUUCUCUGGUGUCUUCCCCGUUGCUUCCUUUUGGAAGAAAAGCGUCCUUUAGAAUCUCUUGAGAGAGUGCACUUUCUCCCUCUCCUGCCAUCAGUAGUGCCUUUAUUUUCGCUUGGUUUCCGCAUCAUCAGGUGGCACUUAUAGAAAUUAUUUUAUGGAGGAAAAAGCAUUGUAUGGCAUGAUAGAAAUAUCCUUAUGGAUAAAACUAGGACACUUGCAAGUGUUCAAUGGGAGUCACCUUACCUUUUUUGCCUACCUGUCUGCAUUUCAUGAAUGGGAUUCCUUCUCCUGCGCCGGUGCUGUCUUCUCCAAUGGGAAAUGGAGGCAAGCAUCUGCCCUGUUCCAUGGUGGCAGCCAUGGAAUGAUGGGAUUUCUUUGAUGGUCAUAAAGGAGAUCAAAACCAACGGUUGGCAAUCUCUGCAGGGAUGAUGAACCAGGCUUGUAAUAUCUGUUGCUGAUUUCUUUGGAAGACAUAACGGCAGGCUUCAUGGGGCACGAUGGAUUUCAGAUGGUUGCUUCAGCCAUGUCUCAAGAUUCAGUUGAUGGACCUCAAGUUUCUGGGUGCAGUGCCACGAGUCUUGGUCAGCCCAAGAGUAAGCGCAGGACUGGUGACAAGGCAAGAGGGGAGAAGAAGGCACUCAAAGUUAAGAUUAACCUUGCCAGCCCGGCCAAAAAAAUUAAGUGCCACCUGAUGAUGCAGAAAAGUAGCAAAAAGAAGGGCAAAAAGGGCACUGUUGCUGGCAGGAUAGGGAGAAAAUGCACUCUCUCAAGAGAUUCUAAAGGGCGCUUUCUUCCAAGAGAGAGUAAGGGGGGAGACAUCGGAGGAAAUGCUACAGAGAGUGAAGUUGAUUAUGACCGCUUCAUGAACUUUCAGGCACCUGACUUCGCUACCAUCUUAAGUAUUUUGAAAGGCUGGAAAGGCAUGAAGCAAUGUAACAAGAUCAGGCGCCUCAAGGAUCCUGACUUCGUCCCUCUCAUGAACGUCAUGAGCAACACUGGAUAUGUGACCGAGGAUGAUGGUCACUAUGAUGUGCUGAAAGUCUUGAUGCAUGCAGAUGGCUGGUCUGCAUAGUGAUUCAAGCUCUCAAAUCAAAACAUUCAGGCCUAUGGCCUUGUUGCUAGAACAGUGGUUUCUUCUUUCACCUUUAAAACUUGAUGGACUUUGUUCCAUUUAUCUUAGAAAUUUUGUUGCCCUUGAGUCCGGUGGAUAUGUACUGGAGUAUGCUAUACUGGGUGAUUUAAUGGUGAUAAUGUUAAAUCUUGAUACUAGUUCUACCUUUUUGUA